AUCUUCCUUCACUGGCAGCUGUCAGUUCCCGGUAUCUUUCCGUUGCGUCUCUCUAGCAUUUAAAGAUCACUCUCUCGUGAAGAGAGAGAAUUCGAUCAAUCGAAAUGGCCUUUAGAGAGGUAGAACCGAUCCCAGAAGAAACGACGUCGAAUUCUCUCCUAACAAACACACGCUGCGGCUUCCUUUUUCCCUGCUUUUCUUCCCGACGAUCCUCCAGCGUCGGAUUAUCCUUCUGGGAGCGAAUCAAAUCAUCACCUUCAUCAAACGGCGAUGACCCUCAUCCUAAUCAAUGGUGGUCCAAGGGGAUGAGAGCGUUUAAGAAGAUAAGAGAGUGGUCAGAAGUUGUUGCGGGUCCGAAGUGGAAAACUUUCAUUCGGAGAUUCAAUAGAAAUAAAAACAGCGGCAGCGGUAACGGAAGGCACCAUGGGAAAUUCCAGUACGAUCCCUUUAGUUAUUCGCUGAAUUUCGAUGAAGGACCAGGAGGACAGAAUGGAAAUCUCGAUGACUUGGAUGAUUAUAAUGGUUUUCGCGAUUUCUCCUCCCGUUACGCCUCCGUUUCUGCUUCUGGUCGGCCGGUUGCUGUGGAUGCGUCGAAGAGUAAAGAUGUGGCGGUUAUGGUUUGAGAGGAGAGGAGAAGAGAAGAGAAGGGAAGGGAAGUGAAGCGCGCGCGCGCCGUGGAUGCUAGCAUUCGCUGAGGAGGGUCACAGAUGGAGUGGAGUGUGUGUUGACUCCGUGACGUAGGCGCAGUCAUGAAACGCGGCCGUUCAAAUGGUAUUUUAUAAAAAUUUAAUUUUUUAUUGAAAAUUAAUUUUUAUAUGCCAAUAUUAAAAAUAUUUUUUUUAAAGAAAAAAUAUAUUUUUUAAAAAAACAAUUUACAUAUUCUCAAACACCUAAAAUAGCAGCGUGAACUCUCCUACUAGCUGUACCCACAAUAUUGUGGUGGAGGAUUUUCUCAAAAGAUUUUUAAAAAAAAUUAAAAAAGUUUUAUUUCCUAAACUUUUUGGUUAAUUUAUUGAAAUAGGAUAUAGCAAGACGACGGUGAUAAGACAAGGACAUGCAUGCGUGUUAGGAUUAAAGAGAGAGGGUUUGGUUGGCUUCUUUGCUUUAUAAAUGUAUUUUUUUUUUUUUAUAAAAUGGGUUUCUUCUUCCGACAAUAUUCUGGUAUUGCCUCUCUUGCUUGCUGUGUACGUAACAAAAAAAAAAUAUUUAUGGUGAUGUUGUGUUAUGCGGAUGAUAAAUGGGUAAUUAAAGAUUUAUUUUUUUUAA